GAAGACUGCUCUCAUCGGUUGCUAAGCGCGGUUAUCACGUUGGUAUCGUCUUUGUCAAUAUUUUAAGAGUCGUUUCACUUUUAAACAGAAUAUAAAACGAUGAAGGUCGUUGCAUUGAUAAGUGGGGGUAAAGACAGCUGCUACAACAUGAUGCAGUGUGUUGCUGCUGGGCACCAGAUUGUGGCUCUGGCCAAUCUGCGCCCUGCUCACACAGAUGAGUUGGACAGCUAUAUGUACCAAACAGUGGGCCACCAGGCAAUAGAGCUGUAUGCUGAUGCCAUGGACUUGCCUCUGUAUAGACACACCAUUCAAGGUUCCAGCCUGGACACCAGCAGAAACUACAAUGAGACAGAGGGGGAUGAGGUGGAGGACCUGUAUCAGUUGUUGCACCUUGUCAAGGAAAAGGAGGGCAUUGAGGCAGUGUCUGCAGGGGCCAUUCUGUCCGAUUACCAGAGAGUCCGUGUGGAAAAUGUAUGUUUGCGGCUUGAUUUGCAGCCGUUGGCCUACCUGUGGCACCGAGAACAAGAGUCUUUGCUCUCUGAGAUGAUAUCAUCUAACCUACAUGCUAUCCUCAUCAAAGUCGCUGCCUUUGGUCUGGAUCCAGAGAAGCACUUAGGAAAAUCCCUGGCUGACAUGGAGUCCUAUUUGAAACAGCUCUCCCAGAAGUAUGGAGUUCAUAUCUGUGGAGAAGGAGGUGAAUAUGAGACAUUCACUCUUGAUUGUCCUCUCUUCAGAAAGAAGAUAGUCAUUGAUGCAGCAGAAACAGUAAUCCACUCAGCAGAUGCGUUUGCUCCAGUUGGCUACCUGCGCUUCACCAAAAUGCAUACAGAGAAUAAAGAUGUGGUGGCGAGAGCUUUGCCCCAUGGUAGUUGUCCUUGCCAGAGCGCCAUUGACAAGAUGACUGAGGAGGUGGAAUAUGCUGAUCAAGUCGAAGACAACCAGCACAAAUUUACAUCAAACUGUGACCUUAGUUGUCAGUGGGGCCACAAUAUCCGUCCAUCCUGCUCAUCAAGAAGCUCCAGAGGCUAUCAGUGGAUCUGUGGCAUCAGUGGGCUUCAGUGUCAAGAACCUAAGAUUGAGAACCAAACAAUGGCAGCAUUCACACAGCUGCAAAAUGAGUUGGACAGCAGGGCUUGGAAGAUGAAGAACAUCAUCUUGGUUCACCUGUAUGUGAGGAACAUGGAGGACUUUGCAUUACUCAAUGUGGUCUAUAAGAAACACUUUGACAUAAACCCUCCAGCCAGAGUAUGUGUCCAGGCACCUCUUCCUUCUGGUCAGCUGCUGCAGAUGGACUGUCUGCUUCAUGACUGGUCUAAGCCCCCUGAGGAAGGCUGCUUUCACCAGAAAGAAGCCUUGCAUGUCCAAAGCCUGUCCCACUGGGCCCCAGCCAACAUUGGACCAUACAGCCAGGCCCUCAGGGUUGAUGAGCUGCUGUUCUGUGCUGGUCAAAUUGCUUUGGUCCCCUGCACCUUGCAGUUGGUUAAGGCUGGCACCUAUACACAGGCCCGACUGUCCUUUAGCCACAUGAAGAAGGUUCUGGAGGCUGCGAUUAGCAGCUUGACCCUUGCUCAUGUCGUCCAGGCCCACUGUUACACUACGAGGCACAAGGAUAUUGGGGUUAUCAGAGCAGUUUGGGAUUGCGUGCUGAAGGCCACAGAGGAAGAAAAGGACUUCAUGUGGGAAUCUGAGAUCAAACCUGUGCCUUUAUUGAUCGUAGUGGUUCCUGCCUUGCCUAAGGAUGCAGCUGUUGAGCUCCAUGUAACUGCAAUCAAGGAUGAGCCUGCCAGAAGAACUUCCUGUCACAUGACCACAAAGGUGGCGUGUGGAUCCUUAGUGUGCCACCAUGUGUUGUCUGCUGAUGGUCAUAGUGGUUCACUUUCGCUUUCCCUGGAUGCAUCUAGUGAUGACCUGGAGGUCGCUGAUGUGAAGUGUGUAACAGAAGAAGUUGUUGCCUCAUUCUUGAAAGCAAUAAAAAUGACGGAUGCUGAGCUGGUACCAUUGUGUGCCAGGGUCUUCUACAAAUGCAACCACUCAGUGGCACAGCAGAUAGUUCAAGGACUUGAAGAAAGUUUGGAAAAAUCUUUAGCAGAGUCAAGUCCCUCUGUGGCCUUGGUUCCUGUCCUGGAUUUGACAGACUCCAAGAUCCUCCACCUGUCCUGCUGGCUCAGUUCAUAGAAACACAUCCAGACUCAACCACCAGAUUCCAGCAAUCCACAGCAUUGGAAUUCAAACAUGUUCUAGACACAACACCUCUAACGGCCCAGCACCUAAUAACUUAAUAUGAAAAGCUACCCAUUAAUGUUGACUAAGUUUACUACGCUGAUUGCUGAAUUAAAAAUCAACAUGAUCAACUUGAUAGACAUGCAAAUUUGUGGAUUUCUUGUUUAUUUUAUUCAACUUCAGACCCCAGAAUUUAAACAAGCAACUGACUUGAUCCUCCAAGUGUUGAAGACAGCAGCAGCUGUCACUCUACCUCAACAAGUCUAAUUGAACUUCUGAAACCUGAAGCUACAUAUCAGAGGACUGAAAAUCAUAGUCUACAAAGGGAGUCACCAGCAGUGUCUUUUUCCAUGAGAUGAUACUGUAUCCACUGAUAUCUCACCGGUGGAAUUUCUCUUAGCUCGCAAACUAACACCCCUCGUAAAGGUCUUGCACCACCUCUGACACCAUCUGUUCAGUUGUAAACCUUCAGAUUUACUGUGUGACUGGUUUAGGAGUGUGUAAUGUGUUUGGAUGAGCUGAGUGUGUUUCUUUCUCAUGCUCCAUGGGGCUGAAGGUGUGUUAUUAUUCUGUAAUAGGCAGUCAGCACCAAGCACCUGAAAAGAUUAAGCUUCUUUAUGUUUUCUAUUGAUUCUAAAGCAACUUGGUUAAUAGAAGAAGGACACUACCACACAAGGCUGUAGGGUGUGUGUGUGUGUCAGUGGACACAGCGUGAUGAUGUUGGAAGAAAAUAACACUAUUAACCAUUGCUCCUGGAACAUUUCUUUUCUCAAAGAUCAUGAACCGUAUUGAUAAUCUGAGUUGGGAUGCAUUUUCACUCAGGCUAUUCUCUUCAUGUGGAGUUAGCUAUUGAUCUUCAACCACCACAGUCUUGUUUUGAUUGUUGUUAUCAAAAAGUGAACAAUAGAAGCAGCCAGUAGAGCCUGAAGAUUUUUUGAUUGAGGGUUGAAAAAUACAAACAAGCAAUUAUUUAUGAGAGCGAGGUUACCAAUUCCCCAUAAAUAUAGUGUGUGUGUGUGUGUUAAUAUUCUCCAUUAAGUUUUAAAGGGCCUGACCAGAGGGAGAUUCAGAAUUUUGAUUGAUGCCAAUUUCAAAUCAGUACUAUUAUUUGCUUAUUUUUGAUGAAGUGUCUUUGUUAAGUCAGCUAACUACACACACACAAAUCACUUACACAAAUGUCUGCCAAUAUUUGAAUGUUUUUAAUAAAUUAAUCUGUGUUACAACCACAGAUAUGCCAGUAAAUAUAAACACAGAUUUAGUGUUUAUUUAGUCAGUAUUUUAAAAAAAUGUUUUUUUUUUGUUUGUUUUUUUUAGAAAUGGUUUGCUUUAAAUAAAUAAUUAUUAACAAACAUUUUUUAAAUCAAUGUAGGACUUUGAUGGCAACAAUAAUGCAAUAUAUUACACAUGUAGUAAAACUCAGUCAGCAUUUCACUAUACACAGAGGAGCAUGGCCACUAGAAUUUAAUACAAGGCAACCACUUGUCUAUCAUAAACUCAGUGUUUUAAUCUUUCAGAAAGGUUUUCAUACAAAUGCUGGCAAAGCCACAAGUAUAUCUUCACAACUUCACCAUAACCAAUGUGAUGGACUAUGGAAGACAUGUUUCUUUGUGUCCUCACCACUGUACUGACUUACAAAAUGAAUAAAGACAGGGUGACAUUUA